AGUAUAAUUAUAAGUGAAAGGUUUUAACCACACAGAUUUUUAUUUUUACAGGUUAAACAAGAAUAAUAAGAAACUUCUGGGCAUAUGAAUCCUCACAUGUUAUCAUUUUUGUAAUUUUGAGUUUUUUAUUUAUUUGUUUAAAAUUUGUUACAUGCCUACCUAUGGCUCAAGGCCUAGGAUGGUAGGUACAAUACAAGCAACACAAAUAUAUAAAGACAAAGAAAAUUAAUACCAAGACAAUAACAAAACAAUUAAAAACACAAAAAAUUAAAAUAAUUAUAGUAAAAAAUAUUUAUACAUCACAAAAAAAAACAAAAAAACAAGAAAAACAGUUACAGAUAGCAAACCAUGUAGCAUGAUAACUUAAUGAAUCUCACAAAUGCAGGAUUGGGGAAAAAAACCUGUAAGGUCUGUUAAAAAAAGAGUUUUAAUUUUUUUUUGGUGAAAUCUUUAGUACUGGAAGUGACAUAGCUUUUCCUGUUCUGUACGGAACAGGAAACAAGUGUGCAAGUUUAGUCACGGAUGCAAAAACUGGAGUGGCGUGUGACGCAAUGCUCUGAUAGCGUCUUCACUUGAUAAGAGUGGUGGCCAGAUGUGAUCAGUUUAACCAUCCCUUCACGAGCAGUUGCAAGUGUUAAAUUAUACUGUGUGCUAAAUUGUUGUUGAUUAGGGGGACAGUUCACGUCAUGAGCUCACUGUAGUGUGCUCGAUAUGCGCGUCAGUCUUGCUAGACGCUGCAGAGUUCUGCUUAGUAGUAAUUAUGGAUAUGGCUUGCAUUUUUAAGCAGUGGUGGUGGAGUAUUUGGAUCCCGCCAAGACGAUCCGUGUUUGAAUCCCGUGGUGGGUUUGCAGUGAGAUGGGGGCCUUCCAUGUCCCCACUGCUCAUCAUUCGGAUGCGUAGGAUGCGCCGUCACAAUCGCCCAGGGGCACCAUGGAGACAAUAGGGCUGCUGUACGAGGCACGUCCCACCCGCCACACGCUGUCGGCGCACGACAUCAACCACCGCCGGUACCUGCGCUGCUUCGCGGCGUGCUUCGCCUGCCUCUGCCUGUGCGUGCUGCUGUACGUGCCCGUGUACAACCAGGCGCGGGCGCGGCGUACCGAUGCCCGCUCCGAAUUUCAGACAGUUGACAGUCCAGAAGAUAUGUUGUUUCGACAAAACAUGCACAGUAAGAAAAGUGGUGUGAAUUCUUCUGUAGUUAGCAAGCAGUCAUCUUGGAAUAUUAAGAAAGCAAAGCAACUUUCACGUGGAUUAAAAGUGGACAUCGCAGGCUGGUCGCGCAACACCAGCCGCGACCUGCGCCUGUACGUGCGGCCGGACAACGAGACGGCGCUGGUCGCGCAGCCGGAGAUCUGCGCGGGCGACCUGUUCCUGCUGAUCGUGGUGUGCUCGGCCGUGCCCAACUGGGAGGCCCGCGCCGCCAUCAGGGACACGUGGGGGGGCGCGGCCUCGUCUAACGCCAGCUCGGCCGUGCGGGUUGCCUUCCUGCUGGGGGAUCCCGACAACGCCACCCUGCAGGAUCAAGUGGAGGAGGAGAGCCUGCAGUUCGGGGACAUCAUCCAGGAAGGCUUCAUCGACAGCUACAACAACCUGACGGUGAAGUCGGUGAUGCUGCUCAAGUGGGUGGUGCGGCGCUGCCGCUCGCUGCGCUACGUCAUGAAGACGGACGACGACAUGUUCGUCAACGUGGGCGGCCUGACGGGGUUGCUGCGGUCUCGGGGGCCCUCGGCCCCCCUGCUCCUCGGCACGCUGAUCUGCGGCGCGCGGCCCAUAUCGGACCCCCGCAGCAAGUGGUUCGCCCCGCUGUACAUGUUCUCGGGGCGCGUGUACCCCAACUACCUGUCGGGCACGGGCUACGUCAUGUCGACGGGCAUCGCCGCGCUGCUGUACCGCGCCGCGCUCGGCACGCCGCUGUUCCACUUGGAGGACGUGUACGUGACGGGGCUGUGUGCGCGCGCGGCGGGCGUGCGGCCGCGCGACCACCCGGGCUUCACGUACGCCCGCCGCCGCCUGGACCCGUGCCUGUACCGCCACCCCUCGGUGGUGACCAGCCACCGCCUGACGCCCGCCGAGCUGCGGCGCGUGUGGGCGCUGGUGCGGGCGCCGGACCUCGACUGCUCCGUGUUCGCGCUGCCCACGACCAGCCGGCCCGGCGCGGCGCACGCCACCCCCGCGCCGCGUCGCCAAGUGCUUCUGAGCGCGCCGCUGGACUGCGACUGCCACACGUUAACUCACUCUUCGUAGUGAUUAGAGCCACGGAAAUUUUGCGGGUUCGUAUAGUCGCAAGCUAGGAUGCAAACCUCCACACUGUCGCACUGUGUUCAUGAUUGGACCGCAGUUAUCUGGACACACCCCUCUACGACCGUGAGCCGACGAUGCCCAGCUAGGAGAGAAGUAAGCGAAUCAGGUAGUGCCAUAUAACAAGGAUAAAAUUGUUCUCGCUAAGAAAUCAACCAAUGGGAAAAUAAAUAUGGGUCGAGCACACCUAUAACUUUGAAUUCUAUCCUGAGGCCAGAGGAAUCCGCGAAAUUUCCGGGACUCUAGUAAUGAUGCUUCUGCAUGUAUUUACGUGGUCGUCAUAUAUUUUGAAUGGGUAUAGCACUCUAAAGAAAAAAAAACCACGGCCAAGGAGAUUUUUCAACCUUCUUGCCCGCACCACACUGAUAAGUAUUCCCUUCCCAGACUUCUCCUUCCAUCUCGCUUACCUCUCGUGUUCCUCACUCCAUGCUGACAGCUCAGUAGACUUCUGGGCGUUAAGUGCCAUGGAUUAUGUUUACAAGUGAGCUAGUCCUUUAAGUGUGUCAUCCUAGACGUUUUUUUUUAAAACUGCUGCCUGAGGUCGCUGGGCCAGCGAGAGUGGUGGAAACGGUGAAACUCGCUCGAGAACUUCUCACCUUGCCACGUUUGGUGGUUUACUUUAUUCUUGCCACCUUGAAGUUCCUACUUAAAAUUAAAAAAAAAAAAAAUUAAUAAAGCAUGAUCAUGUCAAACUGCUAUAUUUUCUUAAAAUGAUUCUUGAGUUAUGGCAUUCUUAGUGCUAGUUCACAACUUGUAAAUAUUAGUGAUGGGUAUGUCUCGGUUCUGCUGGUUCUCAGCUUAUUAACAGACACGUGGAUCCGUAAAUAUAAUGUCUGUACUGGUACCGGUACCACGGAAAGCAUAACAGUGAAAAUACAAUAUUGUCCCGGUAAAGCGUGCGCAGUAUAUCGCCGGCAACCAACAUGCACACACACGUCUUUUUAACUUCACGUUAAACCCCGUGUGACAAGUGAAUGGUUGGUAAAUAUUUGAAAACUGCAGGCGACUGACUUCCUUGUGCUAGCUGCUAGCCCGCCCAGGUAGAAAGAUAAUGCCGGCAGGAAGUGUCUGAACAUAAACAGAGUUAUUUAUGCCUAGGUCCUGAACCUUUUUUUGUCUUUUUUUCUAUUUCACUAGCAGCCAGGAAUGAUCUUUUCAACUAAAAGGUUCUUUUAAAAAUAUCAGGAAAAUAAACUACCAUGGUUUAAUUUGUCUGAUACUUAUUAAAUCCAGCUAUUACCUAUGAAGUUUACAGCUUUAUAUCACUUAUAACUAGAGACCCGUAAAUAUUGCGACUCGUGAAUUUGCGAAAAAUCACAAACAAUAUUUAACUGUAGGAAAUGUUUUUUAAUGAAAGUUAAAUACGAUUUGAAAGGUAUUUUGUCUUUGGAGUCACUCGCGAACUUUCUUGUAAAUUAUUUUAAUCUUGAAUUUUCGUAUCUAUUAACAAAUAUCCACAAAUUUGUAGUUAUUUAAUUUUUUCUUUAAUCAUAAAACAAAUAGGUGUGAAUGCAUGAUAACAAUGGUACACUGAACCAUAAUAUGGUACAGUAUACGUGAUUUAUUUGGCAGAAGCUGUGUUCAAGUAGGAAUGAUUCAGCAUUCAAAAUAAAAACUUCCUUUGCUCUGUCCACUUGCCCUUGCUGUAAAAGCCUUCAAGGCCACACGGUUUCACAUUCCUCAAGCACUGACUGGCCGAUUUCCCCCUUCCCCCCUCCACAGUAAAAUUCCACCCCCUACUCCAGUAAGAUGUUUUUCCCUUCAUAUGCCCUUCUGACAAGCCUGGUCAUACCAGCCUCAGCACUUCCACCCCAGACUACCAUUGUUUCCCAGCCACAGAUUUUCAAGUUAAAUGACCCAAUGACAAAAAUAAAUAAUUCUAUUAUUCUUGGGGGUUAGUUUUUGCAAGACAAGGGAUCCUUUCAUCAUUUCAAGAUUACAAACAUCUACUCACUUUUAUUAAAUAUUUAUUAUAUAAGUAUUAAAAUUAGCUUCUCUGAUAAUUUUGUUGUAAUUAGGGUAUAAAUGGGAUAUAUAUAUACACAUACACAUAAUUGCAUCUAGUGACAUGAGAAACAACUGUGCUACUUGGAGCUAGUUGGCUUGAUUGUGGUUUAAUUAUGGUUAAGUGGGGUGCUGAAAAGCCAUUUUAAACAAACACACCAUUUAUUAGAGUAUCUUUGAUGUGACUUGAAGUUGUGUGGAGGUGAACCUAAACUUAAAACUGAGAAUCGAGAACUGAACGGAGAACCGAAAAACAAGUAGAACCGACAUAUCACUAGUAAACAUGUAAUGUGGUUAGUAAGUUCAACAUAGGAGUUCACACAAGAAUGUGCUUCAGUCUUAGGUACAUAACAUGCAUAAUAAUAGUUGGCCUGUAUUGGAUGUUAGCUAAAAUUUUUCUGUGGGCUAACGAAAUUGGUUCAUUUACCUCAAAUUUUAACAGUUGUGCGUUUUAUAAUAAUACUUCCAAGAUUUUUAUAAUAUUAUUUCAAAUUUUUUUUAUAACUGCCUAGAAAGCAGCGUGGACCCAAUUAUAGUUAAGGAAAUUUCCAACGUUCAUAAUAAAUAAUAUUAUGUCUCAAAAAUUUUCCGUUAUUUCAAUGCAGCAGUGAACAUUAUCUUACACAAUUGCCUCAUAUGAUAUUACAAUGAUAAAUCGUGGUUUAGACAUACGAGUAGCUUUUAAUCUCGGUGGUGAUUUUUAAGAAUCUCAAGGGGUUAUGCAGUUGGAGUUUUUAAUUCAGCUUUCUUUGGUUUGGGAAAAUCUUUGAUCUGGCACUGUUGGUGCCACACAUUUGGAUUUUCUUGGGGGGAUUUGGUCUUGGUCUUUUGUUGACAGUGUCCACUGGAGAGAUAUCAGAGAUUUGUUUUUUUCAGUUGCUACUUGUGUGUAUUAAAGUUGAUACUUGCCUUCUACAUGAUUGUCAUUUGUGCAGUGUGAAAAAAGAACUUUUAAAGAUUAGUUGUACAAGCUUUUAAAAAAUUUGGUAAUAAUACAAAUUAAAUAUUUAUUUAUUUUUUGCUAAUGUGUUAUCUAUUUUUUUUAUAUAUGCACAUGUUCUAAACCUUUAAAUAAUAUUUGAAUAUAUGUAUACUUAAUGUAAUAAUUUAUUAUGAUAGUGAAAAACUGUUAAAAUUUAAAAAUUUCUUGCAAAUAAUAAUUUUAUUCCUACUGGAUUCUAGACAAAUCCGUUGGGAACAGCUUUGAAGCAAUGGAAAAUUUUAUGGUCUAAGUAAAUUAUAAACAAGGAAAUAUUUAUAAUAUUUUUACAACAAUUUUUUUCAUUAAUUAUUGUGCCCUUACAAUUUGCUUUAGACUUAGCCUAAGUGUCCUCCCAACUAACAAAUUAUUUUUGACAUUUUUGAAAAAUGCCAUUUUGCAGGAUAUCAAUCAACAUGAAAAUUACUCAAAAAUACUAUUUUUCAAAUAUUUUAAUUAAUUUUUUUGUAGAAACUGCUAUUUCAACAUAAAAUUUUUUUUUUACCAUUCAAUGGAUGUUUGGAAAAAGAACUACAUAGCAUUAUCCAUAAAAUCAUAAAAUUAGGUACUGUAAUGAAAAGUGUAAAUGACCGGGAGAAAAGUUAACUUUGCAUUAUGUUUAGUUUUUUUCUUCUUCUGCCAUUUAGGGUUAGGAAUGAUUUUUCACACUUCAAAAAUGACAAUAGUACUUAGGAAUUUUCAAACCAUACAUCACAUAUUUAAGAAAAAGUAUAAUUUAACUAGUUGUAAAAUACAUAAUACCACUAGCGUCUUUAAAAACAAUAAUAAAGCCGUCCCUCAUUUUGACUAGAUUAUCGAAGAUGUGAAGACUGAUACAUAUGUACCGUAUAUACCCGAAUAUAAGACGACCUCGAAUAUAAGACGACCCCCAAACUACAGCCUCAUGUUUUCAGGAAAAAAAUAAUUUUAUUGUAUUAAACACAUGCCAACAAAUUAGAUAUAAAAUUGAAAAUAUGGAUGUUACAAAGGAUUUCAAGCAUCACUUUUGAAAUACUGUUAACAGUUUAUGUACAAACAGAAAUAAAUACCUAAAUGGCUGCUACUGUAACUGUUAUAGAGUUUCAUUAUGCUGAUGCAUCAUCUUCAUUGUUGUCAUAUUCACUGCUGUCGACUUCAGCUUCAAUCGCAUCUUCUUCCCACAUGACACUAUCUUCACUGCCAUCCAAUGCAUUAGAAAUGCAACAUUUCUUGAAGCUUUUGAUGAUCACUUCCGAUGAGAUUGUGUCCCAUGCAGCCAUAAUCCACUGACACAAGACUGCUAUACUUGGUUUUCUGAUUUUGCCUGUUGGUGUUAGAGCAUGGUUGCCUGCCAAGAGCCAUUCAGAGUACAGUACUUUUAGACGGUCUUUAAAUGGUUUGUUGACACACACAUCUAAUACCUGCAGCUUUGAAGUCAUGCCUCCAGGAAUAAUAACAAGGUCGGUGUUCAUACCUUUAAUACAUGAUUUCACCUCUGGCGUUAAAUGUCCUUUGAAUGCAUCUAACACUAACAUCUUUCUUCUUUAAAAGUGCCCCAGGCCUUCUAUCCCAAACUGCCUUUAACCAGUCUUGCAUCAACUCACUUGUCAUCCAACCUUUUUCUUGACAUCUCACUAUUACCCAGAAGGCAAUUUUUCUUUUGGCAUAGUUUUACGGUUAAGAAUGACAAAAGGGAACAAUUUUCUACCAUCAGCUAACACUGUAAGCAUCACUGUUAUCCUCAUUUUCUCAUUGCCACUUGUCUUCACAAUAACUGUUUUAUUUCCAACAGCAUCCACUGAAUAAUUUGAAGGCAUAUCAAAAUAUAUAGGCGUUUCAUCAGCAUUUAAAAUGUAAAUAACAUAACUCGCGGAACCGUUCGUCUAACUUAAAAUAAUAAUCACAGCAAAGAAGUACUGUAUAACCUACAUUAAUGUUUUUGUACAAGAAAAUAAUCGAUAAAAUGGGUGCCAUCUUGUGCUAUAGAACAUUCCAAAAACAUUGGUCGUAACAUGUGCAGCCAGUAACUACUGCACAACCUUAAACAUUGACCUAAAAUAAGUAUUUUUACCUAAAAAUCAAUGUAUCUGAAUAUAAGGCGACCCCUAUGUUUUGAAUUAUAAAUUAUGGUAAAAAAUGUCGUCUUAUAUUCGGGUAAAUACAGUAUUUUAUUUAUGUUGCUAUAUAUUUGUAUUACAAACUAAAUAGUAGGGAUGGGCAUGUUGAUACUUUGGUGCUUGGAUUCCACCUGGAAUCUGAACCGAUUAUUCUCAAGCUGUAAGGAGGAAUUGUAGAAUUGUAUCAUAUUUAUAAUGGUAGGUCAUGAGAACUGCCAAAAACUUGGAUGUAAGAUAGAUUCUCAUUAAUUGAUUCUUACCACAAUUACUGUAUUUUCCGGCCAGUAAGUCGACAAUGUUUACGCAACUUGCCUAGCAUUAAUAUACAAAAGAUGCAGUAAAUUAUUUUCAGGUUAGAUCACAACCACAAUCACCUACAUAUAUCUGUCCUUAACUUUGUAUUAACUUAAGUUAGAUUUAUAUACUUGGCUGGGAUAACUUUGUAAUCUCAUUUCAUUAUAAUAACUUUUCAUAACACAACAUUAAUAUUACUUUUCUCUCUUGUAAAAAUAAUAUCUUUCACUUCCAGCAACGACGAGAAAUCAUGACUCCUUGUUGAAUUGAUAUCUCAAUCUUUUUGUGUUUUGUCUGUAAAACCAUUUUAACAUUUAAAUAUUGCAUGUAAAUGCUCAGAGCGAUGCUGGUUGAGUGGUCUGGACAUGUCAUGUGCCUCCCACCUAAUUGAUCAUAGCUUUUCUUCAAUAGAGGGCGAUCCCAGACAUCUGGCGAGAGGGAAGAUGUAUAGCGUGAGCCAGAGAGUUUUUUGUGGCUUUGGUAAACCCAUCCCCCUGCUUCCUCCCUGAACUCUUUUGUCAGUGUUGGAGUUUCAUCUUAUCACUCCUCGUCAUUUAUAACGACCCCAAUUUUGGCGAGACGUGUGGUUCAUAAUUCAUUCAUCCGGCCAGUGCGACUCAUAUCAGACUAGCUUAAAUAAAUUCUUAACUGAGUUUUACUGUUUAGGCACAGAGAAGUUUGGUGUGUGUGGACACGUGUGCACUUAAUUAUGCGUGAAUGUAUUUAAGGUUUCAAGAUGCACUAUGUCAUAAAAUCUCUGGGGAAAAAAAGCCAUCAAUUAAUGUGACAGAAUAUGUUAUUUUGAUUUUAUGUUUAGUUAUAAAGAGAUCUGAGUAUCAAGUGUCUUUGGGAAUUGAAGAUGAGUGUGUUUAGUAUAUCAUAUAUGUACUGUGAAGUUUUUUUUUUAACUGGAAAACUAGUCUUAAUGGUAGAUUUAAAAAAGUGCCAUAUGCUAUAGUUUAGUUUGCAAGGAAGAGAAUGUUACUUUAGGAAGUGCAGGUUAAAUGUAUGAAAAAACAUAAAAACAUUACCUUGUUUGCUCUGACACUUGCAUAUUUUUUUUGGUUGAGUGGGGGCUGUGAUCACUGAGGCAUGCUGAUGUGACAAGGUGACGGUUGAAACCUCAUGGCCAUUCUUGUGUAUUACCAGGGUUUCCAUAAUCUUAAUUAAGCUCAUUUCCCUGAGUAUUCCAUCUCAAAAUAACAGAAAUACUAAGAUAAAAAUUACCAACCAACACACUUUGACUGACACACAUAUAGUGGAAAUUUUACUAUUGUUUCUCUGCAUAAUAUACAUUUUGCGCUGUUUUCAUUACCUUCUAAACUAUACAGCCAAAACUGUGCCAGUUUGAUAAAGAUACUGAAAUACUUUGAAAAUAUUAUUGAUUAGGGGUGGGCGAAGCUUCGAAAGUUCGAAUUCGAGUCGAACAUUUGUUAUAUGAGAAUUCGUACUCGAAAAAAAUGAAAUUAUUCGAAGUUCGAAAAAUAGAACAAAACAUUUCAAGUUUUUAAGCUAAUCUUUUACUAUACAUACAUUACCUAAAAGUUAAAGAAUGCCUACGAUCAAUAACAUCAACUGGGAGUUAACUUAGCAUAAUGAGAAGACACACAUGCUUAGCCUAAGCCUAUAUGCCUGAUCAUUAAAACUAACCUCAAUCAUAAUACAAAUAUGUUCGUCAUACUUUGUUCAACUUACAUUGGCGUAGAGUAUAAUAAUUGUCAGUAUCGUAUUUUGCUGAGAAAAUGGUAAAUAGCAACUCCGAAUCAAUUAUUUUCAUGUUUAGAAACGUGCCAGAUUUAUUCCCGACUUCGGUAUUAGUCUUAAUUUCCCCCCACAACAGCUCUUUUCCCAUGCAUAAAUAACGUCAAUAAUGAUUUAACGUGAUACAAUAUUACCAACGGACUUAUAAAACAGCAGUUACGGUACUGAAUCCAAUCAAAUAAGAUUAUUGAAUUAAAUUCAUUUGUAAAUAAACGGGGAAAAUAUUCCAUGGAUGAAACAGUAGAAAAAAUGAGUUACGUGAAUAAUCGUAAACAAAGAUGGCGACCAUAUAACCACUCCGUUUUUCACCCACACAUUUUCUACACUUCUUACGCCGGGCCUGCUUUAGUGCAAAUAGUAAAGAUAUUUUUUUUUUUACGUUGGACGGAUUGUAAUAAACAAUUAGUAGUUUGUCUCUAAACGGCUGUGCGCGUAAACUGAAGGCCAAAAGUUUAAAAAAAAAAGUUUAUAUUUACCUUCAAUCGUUCUUAUUCAAUAUAUUAUUAUUACUUAACCUGCAAUUGGGCUUUCACCCGGUGGCAAGAACUCCCACUCACUCCCCUCUCCCCCCCCCCCCCCCUCCAUCAGCUUUCUCCUCAGCUCCCUCCCAUCCCUGACCUCCACCAUUUCCUCCCCCAGCCCAUUCCACUCCCUCCCCGUCCUCAACAGGAAGGUGUUCCGCCCUCUCUCUGUCCGCCUCCACACCCUCUGGAGCUUACAUCUGUGGUCUCUUCGUCCUCUGUACUCCCCUCUACGUACUUUGCUUCCCAAUUGCCCCCAUCCCCCUUCCCCCUUCAGCACCUUGAACAUCCUGACCAACCUUUCCACUCUUCUUCUCCUCUGUAACGUUUCCCACCCCAACUCCUUAAUCAUUUCCGUUGGGCUAUGCAGUUUCCCAUCCUGCCCCUCCCUCCUUCUCCACAUUCCCAUCACCCACCUAGCCGCUCUGUGCUGCACCCCUUCCAGCUCCUUCACCUCAGUCACCAGGUAGGGGUCCCAGACCGCCGCCGCAUACUCCAACAUUGGCCUGACCAAUGUGGAGUAUGCCUUCUCCUUUGUCCUCCUCCCAGCUCCCUGCAGGGUCCUACCAAGCAACCCCAGCGCCUGCCUUCCCCUCCUGACCACCCCCUCUAUGUGCUCCGCCCAUCCUAGGUCAUUUUUCAGUGUCACCCCCAGGUACUUAUAUCCUGCUGCCUCUCUUAUCUCCUGCCCCUUCCAGUAAUAUACAUUUCGUGUGACUUUCCUCCUCUUUGUAAAUCUGACAACUUUUGUCUUACGAACAUUCAAGGACAUUCCAUUUUUCUCCGUCCAUUGCUCCAACCUUAUCAAGUCCUCUGCUAAACAUCCCCCUUCCCCCACAACCUCAUACACUACACAGUCAUCUGCAAAUAGCCUCCAUCUGGCUUUCAUGCCCUCCCCCAGAUCAUUUAUCAUAAUUGUGAACAACAGAGGCCCCAGCACACUCCCCUGUGGCACCCCCGACGUCACUUCCCCCUCCUCGGAGCUUUCCUCACCCACUCUCACUCUUUGUCUUCUAUUCCUCAGGAAAUCACCCACCCAGUUUACCACCCUUCCAUCCCUCACCAGCAACUCAACCUUUUCCAUUAACCUCCUAUGGGGGACCUUAUCAAACGCCUUUUCAAAAUCUAUAAAGAUUGCAUCUAUCUGCUUCCCCCCGUCCACCGCUUCCACCAGGUCUUCCAACAGCCCAGCCAUCUGGGUCUCGCAUGAGAACCCCAUCCUGAAUCCAUGCUGCCUGUUAUCCACCCACCCCAGAUCUUCCAUUUCCCCCUUUACGUACCUUCCUACCAACCUCUCCAUCACUUUUCCUACACAGGACGUCAAACUGACCGGCCUGUAACUUCCUGGCUCCGCCUUAUCAUUUCCCCCCUUGUAGAUGGGAACUACCACUGCCUCCUUCCAUUCCAUUGGUAGUUUCCCCUCCUCCAGAGACUGCUUGAAAACCUCCAACAGGUACUUCCCAAUCUCCCUAUCACCCAACUUCAAAUGACUAUUCCCUAUACCAUUAUUAUACGAUAAUAACGUUGAAAGUUCAGCCGGCCGUAUAUAAUAUUACCAUACAGUAUUUAGUUGUAUACAAAUAGUAAAUGUUAUGUGGCUAAGUUUUUGGCAAUGGUUCAAAAGGCUAAUGGAGAAUGUUGCGUUGAUGGUUAAGUUAGGUUAUGUAUUAGCAAACGUGUGUGAAAGAUUUUUAGCAGUUUACAUUAUUUGUAGUUGAUAUUCAAAUAAUGGAAGAAAGCACUUCUGGUUUAAAUCAGGGGCCGCCUGCCAAAAAACCAAUAAGUCCUAUUUGGUUGUUUUUUUUUACCAAGAGUGCCAAUGGGAAAGAAGCAACUUGCAAAGCAUGUCAAAAAAACAUAUAAAAUUCCAACAGGUACUACUACAACUCUACAAAAUCAUCUGAAACAGCACCCUGUACAAUUAAAACAACUAAAAAGUCAUGAAAUAUCUGUCACAGAGAUAAAAAAAGAAAAUCAGUUGUCCCUGAAAUGUGCUUUCCAGAAGCAUUUGCCUAAACAUAGCUAGUUUACUGUUGUUUGGUGUUUGCAUUUAAGAAAUUCUUUGAUUUGGCCUAGUAUUCGAUAUUCGAUUCGAAUUCGGGAAUAUUUAUAAAAAUUUGCUUCGAAUUCGCUUCGAAACGAAAAUAUCUAUAUUCGCCCACCCCUAUUAUUGAUGAUGAUUAAAGUAAAGACUAGGCCUUAAGAUAUUUUAUUCUUCAAAAUAAUACACAUUAAGUUGUUUGUGUCAGUUACAAUUAAUUAAUGUUAGUGAAAAUGACAUAUGUAUUACGAACAGCAAAUUAAUUUAUGAUUACAAUACAUCAAGUUUUAAGACGAGAUGCUGUGCAUUAUGAAAAAUUACCAAUAUUGUUUUGUGCUUGAAUGUAGAUAAUUUCCUUGUUUUUUCUAGGUUUUGGGAACAAAUUUUCAGUUCCCCAAGUUUUUCCUGUUUUCAGUACUUUCCCUGUUUUUGGGAACCCUGAUAAUCAUGUGCAUUAAACCGCACCUUUACCUGACUUAUUUGUUGUUUGCCUGAAAAAGAAACUAUGCAAAUGCUUGAAAAAAUAUGUGAAGUCAACCAUGGAGGUAAGAAGUAAGGAAGUUGGCAUGUGUAGUCUGGAUAGUAAAACAAUUUUUUUUAGUUCUAAUGAAGGUUAUCGUUAAUUCCUUCUACACGUGUUAUGUUAGUUUGAUAAUACUCACUACAUGGUGACAAUUUUACGAUUAUUCUUAGCAGGUACCUUUCAAGGUUUAAACAAACUUCUAGCAUCUUAGCUACAAUUUGUUUUACUAUCCAAUUGGUAACCAUUUGACUUCAUCCUCAGAUCAGACACCAACUCCAAAGAAUAAUACAUCCAUGAAGUCAACACACACAAAAAAAAGUUAAUCCAAGGCAUAAUAGAAUUUGUUCUUUUCUCCUUCAACUUUGCAUUCUUUUUCUUUUUGUUCAAUACUGUACAAUGUUGAAUUUUGCGGAACUUUAUUCUAAAUUAAGAUGUGUAUGAAACAGUAAAUAAUAUGCGAGUGUUCCCAUAUGUCAUCCUUACAAUGUCGAAACAACAAAAAGUCAAUUAAGUUGGACACAGAGAUUAGGAAAGGAUACAGAUGGAUCAUUAGCUGUCAUACAUGAAGUUGAUUUUUCCCCCCCAUCUUUUUCCUGAUUUUCAUAUACCAAUAUGCCAGAUGUUUGUUCAUAUUCGUAUCAUCUGUUUUAGCCUGCUUUUAUUAACAAAUGUAGUUAAGUAGUUAGGAAGAAAAUUAAAUCAAAAUAUUUUUAGUUAAUAUGUUUAUAUGAAAAGUCUAAAGCGAAUCUUCAUAAUACAAAUGUAAUAAUGAUAUGAGUUGACAUUUUUCUCAAAUUUAACCUCCAAUACAGUUAACAGUUGAUACAUUUGUAAACGAACGGCCGCCAUUUUGGAACGCGUAGCACACUGAAACUACCCUCCCCUUUAACUUCAACCCCGUCUUCUAGAAUCUGACCUUAAGCUCCAUCUGUAUAUUACCCUAAUCCCUGGUUGGAUGUUACGAUGAGAAUAUGCAACCAGUUUAAGGAAAAUUUGUCAUAACUGUGGUAUGUAUAGUUUAUUUUUUUAAAAAAAUACUGUUUUUUUUGAGAGGAAUAAACAUCAUGCAUUAAAGUAACUUUUUUAUGUACUUUUUAUCACAUACCAUAAAAGGUGAUAUUCAUACAUAAUUACUACAAUAAAUUUGAAGUUCAAAGAAUAAACUUUUUGUUUACUUGAAACAAAAAAAAGAUAAUUGUACACUUAAGUACAGUAAUGGGGAUAAUGUUCUCCAAAUGACUUAGCUAGAUGAUGAUUGAAGAUUGUUCAAUUAAUUGUUCCUUUAUGGAAUACGGGUUGUAAAGUGCAUUGUCUCAGUGUUUGUUAGUUUAUAAUUCCACCAAAUUCCACCAGUUCUGUGAAUUUUUCAGUGUGUUGUCACAGUGCAGAAUGUAAUUAAUUCUUGCAGAGUGUAAGCGAACGGAUUCACAAAGUCUAAAAAUAGAAAUGUACCGUUGCAUAGGCACUUGUGCCUUUUUCUUAACCAUGAAUCCUGGCCUAAUAGCAUUAGUAAAAUGGAGAUGUGGAAGUGAAUGUAUCUGUUUUUUAAUAUUUUAAUACUUGGGCUAAUGUAAGCAUGAUUGAGAGAAAGAAUUUGAUUGGAAAGCUAACUGUUCUUUACCACAUGAUGCAAAGGUCUACUUGAUAACAAUUUUAUAUUAUUAUUUGUAAAGAAUUCCUACUGCAUUAGUGUAGACAUAUGUACAUUAUCAAACUGAAACUGCUUUUAUAAGUUACAAUAAUUAACAAAAAAAGGACAUUAUAAAUGCAGCAGUUACAUAUCAAUCCACUCCUGUUAAUAGCUAAUCACCUAAAGCAUGUAGCAUGGUUUCUACAAGCUUGGAAUUCCAAAAUUCCCUGGCUUUUCCAUGUUGUCCAGACCUGAAUUGAAAAAUUUCCCCGACCGUUAGUCACGAAAAAUCUCGCAGCGCCAUUUAUUGUUAAUACUUUUUCUGCAGGAAAUGAAGGUUGUAGUCACGAAAAAUCUCGCAGCGCCAUUUAUUGUUAAUACUUUUUCUGCAGGAAAUGAAGGUUGUAUGUGCUGUUUAAAUGUCCCAUUUUCAUAUGAAAACAUAUGCAUACCAAAAUAAAUUAAUCUAUAUAUAUAAAAAUCAAUGUGUGUAUGUAUGUUCCCUAUGAAAUCUAAAUUGCUGGACCAAUUUUGAUUAAAUUUUCAGGCAAUUUUCAGAUUAGCCCAGCAGGUGAUCAUUUGAAGUUUGGUAGUGAUUGGAUUGACUCUUUAUUUUGAUUUUUGAACAUCCACUAUUAAAAGCGAUAUUAGGGUUGCUAGUUACAUAAUAAAAUAUCUUUACUAGCACAGAAUUUCAACUGCACCUAUAAUAUGUUUUUAUCAGAAGAACUCACUCUAUUAAAAUUAAUUAUUGGUCAUUAUUAAAGAAAGCCUCAUUUCUGGAAGGAAAAAAAAGUUAUAAGUUGCAUUUUUACUGCCUUACGCAAUUUACAAUCAUCCAAGUGUUUCAUCAGUAUAUUACUACCCUUGAGUGGUUAGGUUAGCUUUUAUGUAUUACAAUUAGUGUGAUAUACUUUAUUAAUUCACAGAAGCCUGUAAUAUCCAGAACUAUUGUAAACAAAUUCAGUGUUGAAUUAUUUAUUGACGAGUUACGCUCUUCUCAAUAAAUGGCUGCUUAGUAAAAUUAACGCAGUUUGAGAUCAAAAUACUUAUUUUCAAAUGACUAUUACUAUCGAUUCUCCUGAAACUAUUGAAUACAGGCUAUCGAACUUAUAUAUAAACAUGCGUAAAUACAAUCCCCCCCCCAUUUUUAAAUUUAAUUAUUUGUUUACAGAAAAAAGCUUGAGAAUUCACGAAAGAAGGAAAAUCAAUCGAAUUUUGUGAAAUUAAAAGUUUCAGAAUUUGAUGGUGUCUAAACGUCGAUGGAAGUUGUAAUUUCCGUUUUACUUUUGUUAGCACAAGAAAGAAAUUCUUACCAUUUUAAAUUCCUUGACUUCCCGGUUUUCUAGUCCUAUAGCAACCAUGAUGUAGUGUAAUAUUGGAUCUUCUGUUAAAAAAAAUUAACUAGAAUUUGGUUACUUUUUUAAAAUUGUUUCAAGACAUCUCUACCUAGUAGUCUGAUAGUCAGCUGUUGGAUUGAAUUUUGAGUGUGAUAUUGUGAAUAAACUCCACUGAACUUUCCCAAAUAGUCAUCUUUAUCACUGUUAACAACAAUCUUUCUCAAUUUCAUUUCUGAGGGUUGUUAGCUCUAGGUUAACCAGAUGUAAACUUUAACCAAAAGAUCACGGAAAUAGGUAUUACCUGAAAGUUGUACAACAAAAAUAAGAGCUAUCUAGCUGUUACUUUUGAGCUCUAGGUUUAACAGGUCAUAAAACCAGCUGCAAUAGUAAUGGGUGAAGAUACUUAUAUUUCAGUCUGUUAAAGUUUCAAUAAUCUUUUAAAGUUUGUUAUAAACCAUUUCUUUCGGGCUCAAAAAUUCAAUUCAUUUAGAAACAAGUUGUUGAUUCUUAAAUAAGCACCUUAGUAGUGUAUAUUUUAAGUAAUUAAUACCACUGGUAUCAAAUGUUAACAGAAUUGGAAAACAUAGUAUUUUUGUUAAAAUAUUCAUAACAUUUGAGAAGAUUCCAAAACGAUGAUCAUUCUGUAUAGUAUGUAACUUUCUUGAGCGUACGGAGCUGUGGAACAAAUUAAGUACAUGUAUAAAUGUAUAUGUACGGUAUGUAUAAAUGUAUAGAUGUAUAAAUAAUACCUAUAAUUUUUUUUCUUCCAUUGAAUGGGUAUUAUGUCACACGAACAUCACAGAGACAGUAAAAAAAAAUACAUUCUUUGGUUUGAGCACAUUCUAUGACCUGCACUGACUGAGCCGCUCCCGUUAUAAUAUUUCGAGGAGAAUCUGGCAUCUGAAAUCCCAUCAAAAAUGGAAGGAACAUGAAAUUUUUUAUUUAACAUAAUUUUCUAUCAAUAAACAAUUAAUUCUUGCUGUUGUAUUCUCACUAACCCUAAUUUACACGCUCCAGUAAGUUAAAAAAUAAUAUUAAUAAUCGGAGUAACGACUAUGGUAACAAUACUCGUACCGCCACCUACCUAAAGGCAGGUCCUUUCGCAAAAUCUAUGGCACAUUGGCAUCUUUGUUCUUCACUCGUGUGUACAAUUCACAAUAAUUUGAUUCGAACGUAUUGUUUGCUUCCACAGAGCGAUGGUUUAGUAAGUGAAAAAGUGAUGCAUUUAAUUAAAAGAAAAAAAUCGUAGCCUUCUAUACACGUAACAUCUACUUAUAUCUUUCAAAGAUUUUGGAAUACUUAAUUUUGUAUGUUAGAUGGCCGAAGCGUGCGGCUGUAUGGAAAGUGUUUUCCAGCUGAAAGUACUACACUACUGAUAAUCCCAUUUUACCAGCAUUUAGUGGCAUCUGUGGCAGUGUUAUUUCUCCCUGUUCCAUACAUUGUGCGCAUGUGACUUACGAUUGUGUAAAUGAUAACUUUUACAAAAAUAAAUAUAAUGAAGAAAAAAAAUAAGAUGAAGGAAGUUAUAGUUUUGAUUUAGACAGAAAUUAAUGCAGGAUUCAAAUAUGUUGAUUAUAAUUACAGUCUAUAUAUAACUAAUCAAUAUUACGAGUGAAAUAAGAAUAUGCAUAAGGAAGUUAAUAAUUGUACAAUGGUUAUUCUGAACAAGAACACAAGACAAAUAUCUCACAGACCAGUUUAAUAUACUUGGUUGCAAAGAAACUAAGGUACCUUAAAGCAUUAAAAGAUGACGAACUGCCAAAUUUCAAGACUGAGCAUCGAUGAGCACAGAUGUCCAUGAUGGAUGCUGCUAUUGUGACAGGACAGCUGAAUAACUCACGUAGACUCGGAAACAAUAUGUACAAGUACUGUGUAUUGUGACAACGAAGUUACUAAAUCUAUACCAUAUAUUAUGUAUGCUGUUUAGAAUUUGUAUUCUAAUUGAAACAUACAGUGCCCACAAUUUUAUACUUUGUUUCACAGCUGUAUGCAUAAGAAAAGUGAAGGGUACAUACUGUAAGUGCAGAACAUAAUAAUUGGGUAUGAUUUGCUAAUUGUUAAAUUUGUUUGAUAACUCCUUAUUUGGGUACUGACUGAAGGAUGAUGAUAAUGGCCUGGAGGUUGGUUCCUGUUUGGUUGCUGAUCAUAAUGAAAUCUUGAGAGAAAUUUUUUCUUUCAAUAAUUUUUAUAUUACAUUCUUUACGCCUAGACAGAUGCCAGAAAAGAUUUUCCACCAUUGUAUGUGGUGGUUUGGCCAGUGAAGGAGAUGAACUUUGGAGCUUUGGAGCUUUUGAACUAUAUUCUGCAUGCUUAGGAGGUCCUUCCUAUGCUGUUCUCUGUACUGUGUGAAUCUCCUGAGAUGUUUUACGAGCGUAACUUAAACAGUGCUGGAAGGAUAGACUCCAUGUCUGGCUCCCCUUUGACUCUACACUAACUGUAUAUUAUGUUGGCCCAGAGAUAGUUUAUGUAUUCUACCUACUCCUAUGUAAUCCACAUUUUAAAUUAUGGGCGGUCCUGGGUUUGAUAACUAUUGGUUGCUAACCCUGCUAUUUUGCCAUACUGCUGUAAAAAACACAUUGCUUCAAGUUGCUGCUGUUAGUUGAGUACACGUGCUGAUGCAUGAGGUCCUACAUCCAUGCCAAUUGAGAGAAACAUUACCUUAUGCACAACUUUUUUAAGUACCCACCAUUUUAAAACAAAAAUGUGGAGACUGUAAACAUUACUAUGGCUAUAACUGUACACAUGAUCUGCAUGUAUCACAUAGCUUGCAAGGCUUCAAAUGAAUUAUUUUAUCAUAAAAAUUGAAAUUUUCAUACUAUCAGAAGACCAUGCCACAGGGGAAAAGAAAUUUUUUUUGUAGCUUUUACGACAAACUUAAAUAUGAGAAACAUUGCCACAAUAAUAAUCAAUAUAUACAUUUUAACUAUGUAAGGUAUAUAAAUAUAGAUUUUUGCAUGGUUUUGUAUGAGCUCCAAUUUAUUUAAGCAUCUCAAAAAAAUUAAUGAUUUAACUUUUUUUUAAAUAUUUAUGGGUCCACCUUUUUAGUUUCUGUAGGUUUUUUCCUUCAUAUUUAUUUAGUUCAUGGAUAUACUUUAAAUCAUUAGUAUCUUCAAACUUUAGAUAUGAAAAAGUGAAACCCACAAAUUCAGAUAAAUCAUGAUAGUGUACAUUAAACAAUUUUUCUUGCAUCAGUAUAUUUUAUUUUUGGUAAUGUACUACCAACUUUGUUUUGUUUCAAACCUAAUGCAUUUACCUUAGUGAUAUUGCAUAUGUUUGUGAUAAGUUCAUUACAAAGUGUAUAUAUAAUCUUAUAAUUAGGAUUUUUGCAAAAUAGUUUGUUUAACCUGCUUGAGAAGCUGUGAUUUUUUUUGUCUUUGGUACUUAGUUGUUUGAAGCAUUGUAAUGUGUAGUUUUUAAACAAAAUAAGUGAUCGUUGAGAUUUUUGUCUUUAGUAAAUUGUAUAUAAUAUUGUAAAAUGGAAAAGGAAAAAAAAAAUCUGUUUUCAGCUAUUGAAAUAAGGAUAAUAUUUUUUGUGAUAUAAAUUAUAAUUUAAACACUUUUUGGUCAUAUUUUGUAGUCUAGCAUGUGAUGUACCAAUGUAUAAAGCAAAGCAAAUUUUAGCUAUUGGUUUAAUCCAAAAUGUGACUAUUUGUAACAACAAAUGUGUAUAUGCCAUUUUGUGUUUUUAGGUUACCACAAACAUGCAUUUGCAUGGUUUGUUUCUGUGUACAUUGUGACGUGAACUGUGCACAUGCUCAAAGGGCCGUAUGUCCAGUAAUGAUCCUGUGUCUACCAUCACACUUCCAUGUUCAAUUGGCCACCGCGAUUCCGACUGGGCACGUGACCAUAAGUCCGUACUUUCACUUGUGAGAAGAAUUGCUUUGUGCGGGUUGCUAGAUUUAAAUAUUUUGAUUAUAUGAGCAGACUUUUGUAUACAGUUAGUUGAAGAAUCUAGUCUGAAAUGUGUCUUAAUCUUUGACAGGUUUAAAAAAUAUUUUUUUUGUGUGUGUUUGUAAAUUGCUAGUCCAACACAGGUAUGUCCAAAUGUACAUGGUUUUCUUACAAACUGUAUAUUGUUGUAAAACACAAUAACCAUGUACUUAAAAAAAAAAAUUACAUACCCAAGUUAAAAAAAUCCUGCAAUUCACAUAACAUUCCUUGGGCAUUACAGUGAAAUCUCAUUACAACGUACCUCUUAAUAAAAGUACUUUAUACUGAACUGUUACUAAACAUAAAACAUCUUGUAGAGAUCUGAAAAUUCUCACUUUUACAGUGAGAAAUCCUUUAUAGUGAGGUACUAUAGAAUGAGGUUUCACUGUAUCCUCCAGAAUUUAUUAAAUUUUUUGCCUGUUUAAAUACUUUUAACAGCUUUGAAGUUUUUCAGUCUCAUAAGGCUCACAUGUUUGUUACAGUUGAAGAUAAGAUUGUGCAGAGUGUAAACAAUGAAAAGUAAACAAUUGCAAUUGAAAACUUUAGAACUUGUUUUUCAUUCUCAACUGCCUGUCAGGAGACACAUGGAUGGGUACUUACAAGCAGGCAGAAUGUAAUGUAGCGCCACUAAAAAUUUUACAUAAAUAUUUUGACGUGAUAACUUCUUAUAAAUCAGUGAAAGCUGGCUGCACGCACGAAAAAACGACUCGUCACGUUCCGCCUGAGCCGAGCGUGCAAGAAAAUCUAAUUUUUAAUAUUAUCAAAGGUGGGCUUUUUAACUAAUUGUUUGUGAUUAUAUUCAAACAAAUUAUUUAAAUUAAAUUUGCAAAAACUGUAAAUAAUAUUUGAAAAUUAAGAAGAAUGCUAUUUUUCAUCAAUGUUUUCUUGUGACGUUAUCACGUAAAAUUAUUGUCCGUAAACAGUCUUUAGACAUCCCCCCUUUUUUUACUAUUACAGUAGAGUCUCGCUAAUCCGGACCCCGCUAGUCCGGACAUCCGGUUAAUCCGGACGGAUCUAAAAAAAAAUGAUGAAAAAUAAUGUUGUGACAAAGGAUAAUAAGACAAUACAUUUCUAAGAGAGGGUCCUCUUGCCCUCAGUUGCCGGGAGUCUUACCGCUAGUUUUCCGCUCAUCGUCUGUUGUCCAAGAAACGACUCGCUCUAUACCUGUGAGUGGUUUUGUUUUGUUCCCUCCAGUCAAUGGUUACUCGUGCUGGUGAUAGGUGCUUGUGAAAGUUAUUUUUAUUCGGUGCGAGUGUUGCAUUGUGUGCACUUAUUAAGAGCAACGUAAUGGCUACUAAACGUAAGAAAGAGACUGUAACAAUGGAGCAAAAACAAGUCUUAUUUUCGUAUUGAUGCGGGUGAAUCAUUAACUAGAAUCGCGCAAAAUUUAGGAAUGGGAAAACCAACUAUUCCUGAUUGGAAAAAAAAUUUGAAAGAAAUUGAAGAUUUUUUUGCCAAAAUGGUGAGUAAAGACAGUCUGGGUAACAGGAGCACGUUAAAAAAAAUGAAACUUUAGGCGAGGCUUUGUACAUCUGGUUUUGCCAACAAGGUGAAAGUCAUUCCGCUGUCGGGCGUAACAUUACAAGCGUUCGUGCUCAAACUAAAAAAAAAAAAAAAAUUAAAUGUUAAUUAAUUGUAAUUUUAUUGUAUUGUAUUAUUUAUAAGUUACAUACAUGUGUACUUAGUUUUUUAAGUACUUUAUAAUAAAACACAGUUGAUUUUUAAGCAUAAAGAUUUUUCUUUAGCCAAUAAAACUUAUUUUUGAUACAUUUUAAAAUUGAUUACGGUUAAUCCGGACUUUCGGUGAUCCGGACAGGGUUCGAUCCGGACAAGUCCGGAUUAGCGAGACACUACUGUACUUUCUUAGAAACUACUGCACUUUCUUAGAAUUUUCUGUAUUUUUUUUGAUGCCUGACUUUUACUUGUUUUCUAUGUAGUAUUUACAUGUUCAUAUUUUUGUCCAUUUAGGGUAACUCCAUUUAUCUAAUCUCUCACUGGACUUCCCAUAUGGGAUGCAAAACUUAAUCAUUUCAAUUCUGGAAGGAAAUGUUUUUAUAUUGGAUAAACUGUAAGGCUAAUAAACCUCUUGCUAGUUAAUGCCAA